AACCAUCAUACAGUGGAACGGCCCUGAAUGCAACAGGAGGGAAAAGCUCAAGGCGGUGCUGCUGGCUCAGGACAUUCGGGACAGGGAGCGUGGAGGUCGGGCCGACGUCGUCGUCGUGGAGGGAGCACGUGAGAAGGACACACCAGAGGUGGUACAAAUGAUGGCCGACGUGCUCGGCAAAAGACCCAGCCAGCUGAAGAAGCCUGUUUCUGAUGACAAACAUGACCAGGAGCAGAACAACAGCGUCCGACUCUACCACGUGUAUGACAACACUGGCAACGUAGUGAUCCAAGAGGUGGCCGUGCAGCCUCUGACACAAGAUCUGCUCCGCUCCGCUGACUGUUAUAUUUUGGACAACUGCGGCUCUAAUGUGAUGGUCUGGAAGGGCAAAAAGGCCUCAAAGGAUGAACGUCGAGAAGCUAUGAAGAGAGCGCUGAACUACAUUAAAACCAAAAACUAUCCGUCCAGCACCAGUGUGGAGGUGAUGAGUGAGGGAGGAGAGUCAGCCAUGUUUAAACACCUGUUCAAAAACUGGAGGGAAAAAGGGCAAAUUACCGGACUGGGCAACACCCACACUGUUGGAAAGAUAGCCAAGGUUGAGCAGGUAAAGUUUGACGUGAUGGAGCUCCACGCUCACCCUGACAUGGCGGCAAAGCACCACUUGGUUGAUGAUGGCUCAGGAGAAGUGAAGGUGUGGCGCAUUGAGAAUUUGGAACUGGCUGAGGUCCAGCCAAAUAUGCACGGGCAGUUUUAUGGAGGCGACUGCUACUUGGUGCUGUACACAUACCGCGUGUCAAACAGAGAGCAGUACAUACUCUACAUGUGGCAGGGUCGCCAUGCCACCAGAGAUGAGAUCACAGCCUGCGCCUACCAGGCGGUCACCGUUGACAACAUGUACAACGGAGCCCCUGUCCAGGUGCGAGUGGUGAUGGGAAAGGAGCCUCGCCACUUCCUGGCUAUCUUCAAAGGAAAACUCAUCAUCUUUGAG